CCUGACCCUGAAGAAGCUGGUGGUGUUCAAGGAGCUGGAGAAGGAGCUCAUCUCUGUGGUGAUCGCUGUCAAGAUGCAGGGCUCCAAACGGGUCCUGCGCUCCCACGAGAUUGUGCUGCCCCCCAGUGGACAAGUGGAGACUGACUUGGCGCUAACGUUCUCGCUGCAGUACCCUCACUUCCUGAAAAGAGAAGGCAACAAACUUCAGAUCAUGCUGCAGCGGAGAAAACGGUACAAGAACCGGACCAUCCUGGGCUACAAGACGCUGGCCGCGGGCUCCGUCAACAUGGCUGAGGUGAUGCAGCACCCGUCUGAGGGCGGCCAGGUGCUGAGCCUGUGCAGCAGCAUCAAGGAGGCCACCGUCAAGGUUGCUGAGAUCUGGAUCUUCUCCCUGUCCAGCCAGCCUAUCGACCAUGAGGACAGUGCCAUGCAGGCCGGCCCCAAGGCCAAGUCCACAGACAACUACUCUGAGGAAGAGUACGAGAGCUUCUCCUCCGAGCAGGAGGCCAGCGACGACGCCGUCCAGGGGCAGGAUCUGGACGAGGACGACUUUGAUGUGGGGAAGCCUAAGAAGCAACGGCGAUCGAUAGUAAGAACGACGUCCAUGACCAGGCAACAGAACUUCAAGCAGAAAGUUGUGGCCCUGCUGCGGAGGUUUAAAGUGUCGGAUGAGGUGCUGGACUCAGAGCAGGACCCUGCUGAACACGUCCCCGAGGUGGAGGAGGACCUGGACCUCCUAUAUGACACGCUGGACAUGGAGAACCCCAGUGACAGUGGCCCUGACAUGGAGGAUGACGACAGUGUCCUCAGCACCCCAAAGCCGAAGCUCAGGCCAUACUUUGAGGGCCUGUCACACUCCAGCUCACAGACCGAGAUCGGCAGCAUCCACAGCACUCGGAGCCAGAGGGGGCCGCCCAGCCCCGCCGAGGUGCCCGAGAAGACGAGGCCCCUGGGCGGCCGGCAGUUGAGCGAGAGCAUCUCCGACACGGCAGCGCACAGCGCACUGGUGUGGGAACAGCCCAGGCCACCCGAGGAAAGCCCAGAAGUGGAGGUCUCCACACUGGACGUGUUCACCGAGAGGCUGCCGCCAAGCGGGAAGAUAACCAAGACGGAGUCACUCAUCAUCCCCUCCACCAGGUCCGAGGGGAAGCAGGCCGGCCGCCGGGGCCGAAGCACGUCCCUGAAAGAGCGGCAGACGGCGCGGCCACAGAAUGAGCGGGCCAAUAGCCUGGACAACGAGCGAUGCCCAGACACCCGGAGCCAGCUGCAGAUCCCCAGGAAGACUGUGUACGACCAGCUCAACCACAUCCUGAUUUCCGACGACCGGCUCCCAGACAACAUCAUUCUCGUCAACACCUCUGACUGGCAGGGCCAGUUCCUCUCGGAUGUGCUGCAGCGACACACCCUGCCUGUGGUCUGUACCUGCUCCCCGGCUGACGUCCAGGCCGCCUUCAGCACCAUUGUCUCGCGCAUACAGAGAUACUGCAAUUGCAAUUCCCAGCCCCCGACCCCCGUGAAGAUUGCUGUGGCGGGCGCGCAGCAUUACCUCAGCGCCAUCCUGCGGCUCUUCGUGGAGCAGCUGUCCCACAAGACCCCCGACUGGCUCGGCUACAUGCGUUUCCUCAUCAUCCCUCUGGGCUCCCACCCCGUGGCCCGGUACCUGGGCUCCGUGGAUUACCGCUACAACAACUUCUUCCAGGAUCUGGCCUGGAGAGACCUGUUCAACAAGCUGGAGGCCCAGGGCGCAGUGCAGGAAACCCCUGACAUCGUGUCCCGAAUCACGCAGUACAUCACGGGGGCCAACUGCGCCCACCAGCUGCCCAUUGCAGAGGCCAUGCUGACCUACAAGCAGAAGAGCCCCGACGAAGAGUCCUCCCAAAAGUUCAUCCCCUUUGUCGGGGUUGUGAAGGUUGGCAUAGUGGAGCCGUCCUCUGCCACGUCAGGUGACUCCGACGAUGCAGCCCCAUCCAGCUCCAGCGUGCUCUCCUCCACCCCGCCGUCCAUGUCUCCAGCUGCCAAAGAAGCCUCGCCCACCCCGCCCUCAUCCCCGUCUGUGAGCGGCAGCCUAGUGCUGGUUGGAGACCCCUCGCGGCCCCAUGGGGCGCUAAUGGGGCUACAGGUGGAUUACUGGACGGCGGCUCAGCCUGCGGAGAAAAAGAGAGAUGCGGAGAAGAAAGACCUGCCCACGGCAAAAAACACGCUCAAGUGCACUUUCCGGUCCCUCCAGGUCAGCAGGCUGCCCAGCAGCGGCGAGGCCACGGCCACGCCCACCAUGUCCAUGACCGUGGUCACCAAGGAGAAGAACAAAAAGGUGAUGUUCUUGCCCAAGAAAACGAAGGACAAGGAUGUGGAGGCCAAAAGCCAGUGCAUCGAGGGCAUCAGCCGCCUGAUCUGCACCGCCAAGCACCAGCAGAACAUGCUGCGGGUUCUCAUUGACGGGGUGGAGUGGAGUGACGUCAAGUUCUUCCAGCUGGCAGCGCAGUGGUCGUCCCAUGUCAAGCACUUCCCCAUCUGCGUCUUUGGACACUCCAAGCCCGCCUUCCAGCUCCCGCCACCCUGAGGAUGGAGCCAGCAGAGAGUCGUGCAGGGACAGUGCCGGGCCGCCGCCCACCUAGCACCCUGCCCUGCGAGGCCGCCACGCCGGGAGCCCCUCAGCUUUUCUGUUAACAUUUCAGUUUACUACAGAGACAGACGCUUACACAGAGAAACG